AUGUCAAAGUCACUAUUUCUUCGGAGACUUACUACAGUAUCACAACAUUCACUACAUUCUUAUUCAUCAUCAGCAAAGGAACCUGAUGCAGAAGCCUUUCGAAAAGCUACUGUUCAUCCGCUUCUACUUUUGGAUUUUAUUGAUGACGAUUUGAAAAAUAGGGAUCAAUUUGGUUUCAAGAAAAUGGUUACAAUAGAUGAUUUGUUCCGUGCAAGGAUACACUAUGGCCAUAAGGUUGGAACAGUAAAUGAAAAAAUGAAGUGGUCACUUUUUGGUGAGCGAUUAGGCGUAUGCAUCUUUGAUUUACAAAAAACUCGCGAAAGCCUAAUUAUUGCUUUGAACUUCGUUGCUCAGAUAGCAAUGCGAGGUGGAAUGUUUUUAUUCAUAACAACAGAAAGGAAUAACAUGUUGAUGGUUGAGCAGCAAGCUCUAGGAAUAGGUGAAUUCGCUCAUGUAAGGAUUUGGCAGCAAGAUACUUUACUUAAUUCAAAAGCAAUCUUUGGCGCACCUGUACGUCUGCCUGAUACCAUUAUAUUUCUAUCAACACUAACAUCGGUAUUAGAGACACAUCCGGCAGUAAGAGAAGCAGCAAAAAUGGUGAUACCAACAGUCGGUGUCGUCGAUUCAAACUCUGAUCCAACAUAUAUAACAUAUCCAAUACCCGGCAAUGAUGAUUCAACGCAAAGUGUGAAAUAUUUUAUGGACUGUUUUGUUAAAGCUAUCAAAAUGGGUAAGGAAUUACGAUCAAAAAUCACUACUGAGUUCUGA